AAGAGAAAGAAGGCGAGUUUACUGCAAAGAUUUCGUAAGAAUCUACCUCGACCUCAUUGAUAAGCUCUGAUUUCCGUGACGAGAUGGACCAGACGGUUGUCUACAGAUGCUAAGUGAAGCCGAGUGAGGUGGGGAAUGGUCUCCGGAAUCCCUGAAUAACGCUUCCGACGAAGGAGACCCUUAUGCCUGGUGAUGUAGCACUGGAGUUUCAAACUUUCACAGCGAAGAAGCUGCAAAAGCAUUUGCUUUGGAAAUAUACUGCAUGUGCUUGCGCAGGUGUUAUACUGACAACUUCAAGUGAAAGGGCCCUCGAAGUAUGAGGACGAUUAAAUUAAUCAACGCCUGACAGUGACAUGGUUUGUAAUAUACUAAUAUCUUUUGCACCUCUCCUUAUAAUACUUGUUGUAAGAAAUACUGUGGCUCUUA